AUGCCACGAUCGCUCUUGGGAAAAUGCGUGCGUAUUGAGAACGGUGGUGAUCACACUUUGGCGCUGGUCGUGGCCCAACGAUGGGACGACUGCGUGCAGGUGGCUGGCUGUGGUGCGGAGUGGAAGAAGGACUUGCCUUGGUUGAAGCCGAGUCGCUAUCAGAUAGUUGCUCCGUGCCGUCCUUCCACUUCUCUCCCGUCAAGUUCUCGUUCUUCAAGCUGGUCGCGGAGCUGGAGCCGAACGUGCAGCCCAGCUCAGGCUCCGCGCCUGCGCCUUCGCCCGAAGCGUCGGAGUCGAAGGCAGAGCCGAAAGCGGCACAACCCGUCGCAGGGAGAAGCUGGCCCAACGCGUCGAUCUCGCCGGAGCCGCACGCGCGGGCGGCAGCGCAGCCGCGCUGAGGCGGAUGACCCAUUGGGCGAGCCGGAGCCAGCAAAAAAAACACAAAGAACAACACAGUCUGGUGAUAAAGAGGAGAAAAAGCUUCCCGAAUUCGACUUUGACAAGGACACUGGACUGGAAGGAUUGGAAGGACAAGUCUGUGGCCCUCCUGAACUUGAAGGAGUGGAUCGACAUCCCGCAGAAUCCGACAGUACAUGCGAUGGAAAGGAAGUGGCCUACCAUAGGCCGAUGAGUCACUGA